UGUAGCCAUCUCGAGAGAUCCGUCUAUCAAGUAGCCUAUACGGGAGAAGUUGAAGGAAACCACAUUUUGGAUAUUAUUCGCGUUUAUUCCAAGUGUGCACUUACUGAAGGCUAGGGCCGGAGCUGCCAUGCCAUUCGGUUGUCUGACACUUGGGGACAGGAAGGAUUACAAUAAUCCCUCAGAGGUGACCGACAAAUAUGACCUGGGACAGAUUGUUAAAACUGAGGAGUUCUGUGAGAUAUUCCGGGCAAAGGACAGGAAUACCCUCAAAAUGUACACCUGUAAAAAGUUCCUUAAAAAGGAUGGAAGAAAAGUAAGGAAAGCUGCCAAAAAUGAGAUUACGAUCUUGAAGAUGGUUAAACAUCACAACAUACUCCAGCUGGUCGAUACCUUUGAAACUAAGAAAGAAUACUUUCUCUUUGUGGAAAUCGCUACCGGCAGAGAGGUGUUUGACUGGAUCCUGGACCAAGGCUAUUACUCCGAGAGGGACACCAGUAAUGUCGUGAGGCAGGUGUUGGAAGCUGUGGCCUACCUUCACUCUUUGAAAGUAGUCCACAGGAACCUCAAGCUGGAGAAUUUGGUGUACUUCAAUCGUCUGAAGCACUCAAAAAUUGUCAUCAGUGACUUUCAAUUAGCAAAGAUGGAAAAUGGACUCAUUAAAGACCCAUGUGGUACUCCAGAAUAUCUUGCUCCUGAAGUGGUUGGGCGGCAGAGGUAUGGAAGGCCUGUUGACUGCUGGGCCAUUGGCGUCAUUAUCUAUAUACUUUUGUCAGGAAACCCUCCGUUCUAUAACGACGCUGAAGAGGAGGAGUAUGACAACCGCGACAAGAGCCUCUUCCUGAAGAUCCUGUCAGGGGACUAUGAAUUUGAUUCCCCCUACUGGGAUGACAUUUCAGACUCUGCCAAAAAUCUAGUGGCAUCUUUGUUGGAAGUGGAUCAAGACCAGCGAUUAACCGCACAGGAGGCUAUUGGUCAUGAAUGGAUAUCUGGGAACGCAGCCUCUGAUAAGAAUAUCAAGGAUGGAGUAUGUGCACAAAUAGAAAAGAACUUUGCUAAAGCCAAGUGGAAGAAAGCUGUACGGGUGACCACCCUGAUGAAGAGACUCCGAGCCCCAGAGCAGGGGGAAUCCGGAGCCUCCAGCCCCACCCCAGGGGCUGCGGCGGGACCCCUCACCUCAAACAGCGGGCCCGCUCCUCCCACCUCCGCCCCAGGGACCGCCUCCAGCAGCACGGAGCAGGCUUCCGCUAAGGAACAGGUUCCAGACACAGACACUGGCGUCAUCCAGGCACCCGCCGUGACGGCCGCACGUGACGAGGAGGAGGCCGGGGAGAGACGCAACGGGGAGACACCAGCACAAACUCUGGGAGACAAGACUGCUUAACCCAGCAGCAAGACGAGGAUGUUUGUUUAUCGAAAGACCCACAACAUGAUCAUUUAAUGUAUAAGCGAUUCGAUUCUUGCCUUCAUUCAUGUUUCUUUCAAGUGCAGCCGUAUAGGCCUAUGUUCAAGCGAAACAUUUUGGCCUUUUGCAAUCUGUGUAGGCCCACAAAAUGUUUUUUCUCAGUAUUAUUCCGACCCGCACAUGGUGUCUCAUGUUGGUUUCUCUUUGACAGGCAGUCUAAAAGGUGGCUCUAAUAUACAGUAGCUGAACAUGUUAUUGUUUCGUUUUCUGUAGGUCUUUUGUUGAAACUCUUAGCUGCUGAAAUAUUUAAAAAAGGAUCCUGUGACGUUUACCUGUGUCUUGUUUUGUUUUUUACUAAAGAUUUUGAUCAUUUCAUUGGGGGAUCUAAUACAGCUGAUGUUGAUGUUUUGUCCUGUAGCU